AUGGCCCAACUUCAAAUCCAAAGGGCUGGUCGUCUGCUGAUAAGGAAACUAAUAGCAGAAAAGCUGCAUAUACCAUGGAAUGAAAUACGCUUGCAAAGGACAUCAAAGGGAAAACCUUUCCUGGCAAAUGACAUAUCUAGUACCUGUUCAAGUUACAACUUCAACAUCUCUCAUCAAGGGGAUUAUGCAGUUCUUGCAGCUGAGCCUGAGCUUCAAGUUGGCAUUGAUAUUAUGAAGACUAGUUUACCAGGUAGUAGCUCAAUACGAAAUUUCUUUCGUGUUAUGAAGCGACAGUUUACUGAGACAGAAUGGGAUGUAAUCAAGUCUAUGAAUAAUGAAUGGAUGCAGCUGGAUAUGUUUCAUCGGCACUGGGCCCUAAAGGAGAGUUUCUUAAAGGCUGUUGGAGUUGGAAUUGGCUUCAACUUGCAGAGAAUUGAAUUUAAUGUGUCCCCAUUGCAUCUGGAAAUAGGGAGGGUAUAUCAGGAGACAAAAAUGCUGCUAGAUGGAGAUGAAGAAGAAGAAUGGACUUUUGAGGAAACCCGGUUAGAUGACAAUCAUCAUGUUGCAGUGGCUCUUGGGAAACAGGAGGGAUUUGGCCAGAAGCAUUCCUAUGUAUAUUCCAUGAAGUCUAAUCAACCACAGUUUAUGUUAUUGACUUUUGAAGACUUGGUUGCAUCUGGUAUUCCAGUCGCACCCGAGGAUUCUACAUAUUGGGAUAAUUUUUGUUCUAAGCAGGAGAGUCCAACAAAACAGAAUUCACAUUCAAGAUAAGAAUAUGUGCAAGAAAAAGAAAUGUUGAAGAUCUCAUGCUAUUCCUCUACGUAAUUCAGAUUGUGCGAAUAUGUGUACGUGUUUAGAUGAGAAAUAUCUUUCCUUAUUUAAUCUGACAGUAGUAUUCUCACCUUUUCAAAACUUUCAUUCUUUAUAUUGAGAAAGAUACAUAUUUUCUUACUGAAAGAGUUCUGAGUUGAAGUCUAAGCUGACCACAUGCUUUUGCCUCUCCUUGCCAGUGGUUCUCACGUUUCAGUGAUUAUUACCUUUGCUAAGAGCAGCAAGCAGAGUCACAUUAAUGUUGUUGAGUCAACAAAUGUUUAAUAUAGAAAGAAAAUGUAUUUCUAUGUGUUAUUUAUGCUGAAAUUUAAAUUAUGAUAUUGCUGCUACUCUUACAACCUUUUUUUUUUCUGAGGUGGCUGAAUAAAGCCAGAAGAAUUGGUACAAAUCCUUUUGUUGUAACUGUUUGGCACAAGUGUUAUACAAGAUCUGCAGUUUAUUUUUAUAAUAGCAGGCCAAAGAAGUCAGAAUAUCAUCAUUCUUGGAAAUACGUCUGUGUGAAACUAGCUUGAGAAGGGAUAUUAUAAGUAUGAUUUCGUAUGAUUUUCACUUACAGCCUUUGUUAGUUAAAGCGUUAUGUAUAUAACUUAAGAUUUUUUAACUUAAGAGUUUUUUAACUCUUCUUUUGAUAUUUUUCCCUCGAAACAGAUAAGUGCCUAACAGCAGUUCUAUAUUCCUAGCCUUGCACUUACGUCUGUACUGUACUAGACGCUAGAGCUUGCAUGGGGAAUUCCUAGUAGUCUCAUAGCAUCUGAAGACAUAGACUAUUUUAUUAGUAAAUAAAAGUAUUUUUAAUAGAAGUAAAUUUAAUAGUAAAUAAAGAUUUCUGGAGAAGAUGUGUAGACCUUGAGUGCAGCAUUUGAAUAUUUCAUAUUUUUUUUUCAAAACAAAUCCUAUUUUGUUCCAUCUCCUCCCACUUUUUUUUCUCCUCUAGGAGGUCAGAUAGGUUGUGAUCUCUCUAAAUGUAAGGAAGCAUACUGAACAGAAUGAUUGUCACAACCCAAAGAGUGCAUUUCUGUCCUACAGUUAAACACAGAUCUUCAAUGAGUUCAGGUUUGUGCCCAAAUUGGCCGCUUCCUGUAUUUUGACCAAAGGAAAAUCUAGCACCAUAACCACUGCAACCGUGCCUUAUUACAAAGAUAGAAAAGGGUUUAGGGAGAGAAGGAAAUGAGUUUUACAGUAUAGUAUAAGCUUUUGUGAUUUUGCUGUAGAUAAUCACUAAUUCAAAUAUGCUAUUAAACUUUACUGCUAUUAGCAGUUUUGAUUAAUAUUUUUGUCUCCAUUUCAUUGACCCUCUCAUCUUACAUGCUAAUCAUAGCUUUUUGUUCAAAACCGCAAAUCAAUGAAGCAAUGCAUCUUCUCUCUGGACUCAGCAGGGGUUAAAUUAAAUGUUCAGUAACUUCAGGUUUGAAGUUAGCAGAAAUGUAGAAUAGUUCCUCUACACAUUGUAGGUGAAAUAUUCAAUGUGAUUUUAAAAAUUAAAUAAGAUUUGCAACAAAUAAUCAGAACUUUGUGGAGAACAGAAAGGGCUAUUCAGAGGAUAUGUAACAGUAACAUGUACUUGUUUAAGAUAUUUAUAAUUACUUCAGUUGACUCCAUUUUAUUCUAUUCUACAUGAAAGAUACUGUAAUUCCAGAUGUGCAAGCAAGUAAAGGUGCAUGAGACCUAAGAUAACUAGCAGUGUUGCCAAGAUGGAAAAAAGGACUUGUUCUGCCUCAGUUUUUGGAAGAAUGCAGAGUACUCAGAGUAAGAAGAGCUGUGCAGAGUACUGAGCUCCAUGGUUGCAUGUUUGUUACUGCACUGGUACGUGCCAGUCCUCACCAGUCACUGGGGACCCCAUCAGUUGCAGCUAUACCAGCCAGGUUAAAUUGCCAACUUUUGUGCUGGGACAUUGAAAUGGACUGCAGAUAGGGGGUGAGAUGAAUAGAGAAUUUUCCUACCUGCAUUGGUGAGGAUAAAGGAAUUAAUUUUAUUUUAGAAAUAAGUUGCUUUUGCCUGUUGACAGUGUCUCAAAACAGAUUUUUUUUCCUAUUGGAAAUAAUUUAAAUUUUAAAAGUAUUAAUGAAAUGAUUGCAUUUAAGUAUGGGGCUAAGCAUUUGUAUUAAAUUGGAAAGUGACGCUUGGUUUGCUGGACAAGAAUAUGAUUUUCAGGACUUUCUGUUUCUAAGCUUUCUGAUUAACUUUUUCUGUAGUAAAAACAUAGAUCCAGACAGAAUCAUUCAGAAGAUUUGCAGUUCCUUGCAUUAUGUUUUUCCCCUGACUUUGUUUUACACUGAGCUAUUUGAAAAAUUAAGAUUAGUGUUUUCUUUAAGCCUUAGGUAGCAAUAAUAUUACAUGGUAAUAACGCCUUGUGAAGAGCCACUUGAGUCAUGUUUUUAGUUUCAGUAUCCACUGAGAGAAUUUUUAUACUUGUCUCCAUCCACAUUAUGUUUGCAGGAAACUUUUCAGUUGUGUCUAGAAGCCGUCUGGCUUUCAGGCUGCUUCUGUAGAAGUCCCUUGAUCUAUUUCAUUUCAUUUCCGUUGCAGUAGGUCUACCUGCAACAUGUAACUGGAUCCUGAAGGGUAAGGAACUGCAAAAGCAUAAGCUCUGCUCAGCGUGAGCCUUGACCAGCCUCUGUGUCACUCAGAGUAGAGAAUUAGGUCUCAGACUGGAAACUGCCCUGGACUCCAGAUCAAGUCCAUGCUUCUCAGAUGUAUUAAAAGCCUCUGACGAAAACAAAACAAAACAAAAACAAAGGGCAAGAGGCUUGUCUACACCCAAUGAGCAAAAGAAUGUUAUCACAGAUAGGUUUUGUCUAUGCUAAGGAAGCAGACCUUGCCCCAGAAUCCCUGCCGGGCCCCCUAAUCUCUUCUCCCCUGAGUAGUCAUCCACCUUCUAACUACUAACAUGACCGUAUGUUCAGCACAAAAUAUGGUUAUUUGGUUUGAUCUUUUAGUUUUAUUCUUCACUGAACAGAUUGUCAGAAGUAGAUAAAUGUAUUUAACUUGAACAUAUUCCCGUGUUUUAAACCUUUAUGUAUUUUGCAUAAAAAAGAUGUUACAGUUGAUUGCAGAGUUUUAAGUGGCAAAAAUGUUUUUCAGUACAGUUUCCAGCUACGUGACGAGAGAUUGGUGACAUUCAACAUGAAAAUGUGUAGCUUUGAAAAGUGGGUCAUACACAUUCACUCUUUCAGCAUUUCCAUAAGUCUGUAAAGCUUUGCAAAAUACAUCUUGUUACUGUAUUAUAGAAUCAAAUGCAUUCCUUAAUCAAAUACACUGAAUUUAGUCCACUAAGAAAUAGUAGAUGUAGUGGCGAAAGUAGCGUAAACGUGGUUGUAAUUCAUAGGUUGAUUGAAACAUCCACACAACAACACACCUUUAAAAAAAUCAUCUUUACCUUUGACAUUGCAAUAAAAGUGUGAUAUGCAAGGCAAAGCAAGUUAGGAGAAGGGGAUGGUUCUUCAAAUGAACGUGGGCUCUCUUUUUUGGAGCUUUCCAACGCCAUAGUAUGACAUUCAAUGAAGAUAUACACUAUAUGGGCAGGAUUGAUUCAAUCAAUUCUAAAACAGUGAUUCAAACUUCCCUAUUUAACUUUUACCUAGAUCUGCAGGUGCAUAAAGAUGCUAGUUGCCUGUAUUUGUGCUUCUGGGCAUGUUCCUCCCGAAUAUUGAUACUUUAGGUUGCUGUAUACUGUAUGGAAAAUGUAGGCAUGAAACUCCACUCUGGAUUCUUCUCAAAGGAGCUAGCAUUUAAAAAGUUUUUUGUGACUUUUUGUAAUAUGUGAGCAUAUUGUGUUGUUUGUCCUGUUUGUUUAUGGUCAGAUAGUAUAUAUAACUACUUUUUCCUCUUUGACUGAAUUUUAAUUUCUACUGAAAUAAAAAGUAUUAAUUUAUGUU